UAAAUAUGUGAGUCCAACCUGCAACCUGAUAAUGGUUCAUAUACAGUCUACACAUUUAAAUUCUGUAAAUUCUUUAUACUAAUCUGUGCACAUUGUCACUUGCAAUUUAAACAUUAGUAUAAAGAUUUGGCUAAUUAAAUAAUUCAGAAAUUGUACUCGGGAGCAUUCACACAAGAAAGUUGGUAUUUAUGAAAAUCUAGUUAGUUUGGGAAAAAAAAAAUUGUUAGGUUCAUGUUAAUGACCUGAAAGAAUGCAUCCCAAAACAAACCCAUGGAUUAAUGCAAACAAGAUUACACGUUCACUUAAGACAAACGAAAAUGGUACCAUAUAAAAGUAGUAAGAAUUACUACUAGAGUGAAUGGUGGCUGUGAUUGCUGAGCUGGAUUAAUUUAAGAUUUAGUGCAUGUUGUGCUUAUGAGGCAUUCUUUAGCUAUUUAGCUGUCAUUUUCAGAUCUCUGCAAGCUUUGCUUUGUGGGUGUCACCAAACGUAAAUAAGCUGUGAAAUGAAUGUGCUAAUUAUUACGGUACCGCUGGCAGAUGGCGCUGUGGUGAUAACGUGCACGAGCAGCUUGAGAACGCGCACGUGAUUGAAGUACGCAUGGACACUAAAACUGGGUUAAGUGUCGCCUGCUGUCGGCAAUCAAGAGACUGUUUACUUAAACCCCUCGUGGUGCUGCGCAGAUUACGCAGCAUUAGUGUCAACGCAACGCAACGCGGAGAAUGGACUAACAGAGAAGAUGAUGGAAUGUAUAAUGGUGCCAGGUUGUGAUGUUGUCAUGCUCUGUCUGUUUUCCUGUUACUUAUUUUAAACCCCGUCAUAGUUGAGUGUUUGUAUCCUGUCCUAGUCAAGAAAGUUUAAGUCCUGUCAAAGAUAAGAAUGUUGAUGCCAUGCUCUAGAUAAGAGUGCUUACACGCCAUAGUUAAAUGAGAGGUUCCUGAUCUUGUUAAAUGAGAGGUUCCUGAUCUUGUUAAAUGAGAGGUUCCUGUUCUGGUUAAAUGAGAGGUUCCUGUUCUGGUUAAAUGAGAGGUUCCUGCUUUAGUUAAAUGAGAGGUUCCUGCUUUAGUUAAAUGAGAGGUUCCUGCUUUAGUUAAAUGAGAGGUUCCUGCUUUAGUUAAAUGAGAGGUUCCUGCUUUAGUUAAAUGAAGUGUUCCUGCCGUUGUUGGAGGAUUUUCCUGUCUUGUUUAUAGUUAAAGGAGAACUUUUUGAGUUAAGUUUUAUGCUCUUUGCUUGAGUUGGAGUUUUAUGUUUAGAUCUGGUUUCCUGCCUCCUCGUGUGUUUAAGUGGCACAAUAAAGACUGCUCUCCUGUGCUUACUUCCUGUCUCCAAGUCCUGUUUCAUAACAGAAUGCUGUGCCUAAACAUGGAAGUGUUGUGGAUAAAAAUGACAUGAAAUAAACACGAGGGAGACCUAGUAUGAGUAAUAUGUAAUUUUAUUCACAGGUCUGGUUGGAUUCACAAUUUAAGAUCUUUAAGAGUAACACACUAUGGUUUAUUAGUCACAGAGAAAUAUAAGAGCUGAGGAGUGCAGGCUAAGAAACGCACACUCUCGUACAGUCAAGGGUGGGCAUGCAGACAUAACACACCCAAAGGCCCCAAUGUGCACACAUAACAUUAGGAGAUAACAACAUGAGACUAAGGUCUCUCUAAAUUGUUUUCUCUCUCUCCCACUUUCAAUCCUAAUGGUAGUCAGAAAGUCCUCUUUCAAAACAUCAUGGAAAAUUUGAUAAGCCUCUUUCAAAACAUCAUGGUAAAUUUGAUAAUGUAGAUGAACUCUUUUUAACCCUAUUGGUAUUGAAAUCAUAGUCUUUCUAAAAUAUAUUGGUUAUCUACUGUGUCAAUACAGUAUAAAUACUGGAGCUUGAGCUCCAGGUGUCAGAUCACUUCUGAGAAUUCUCAUUGGUGUGGAUGUCGUGAGGUGGAAAUAAAAUCUGGACCCUUGCUUCUCACUCACGGCUGGUGUCUUUUUUUUCUAUCUCCAACUGGGUUCACAGAUGUGAGUAUUUGCUUCUAUGUUUAAUUUUAAGUGUCUUUGGGUAAUAGGCUAAAUUUGGACCAGCAGAAGAAGCAGGAGAGCACCUGGGCGGGAGGCGGUCGGACUACUGGCCGCAGUACAAGUCCGUGUGAUUUUCACAGAGGACGGCCGCCGAACUCCCGCUGGAAAUGCCUGGGUGGAGACAACGCCCGCUGCUGUUCCCGUUCCACAUCCAGGUGUACUUUGCCAGCCUGGCGCCCCCCAAGCCUACCAAGAAACAGUGGCUGGGCUUCCUAGUACACCGGUUUUAUGGCUCGGCCCGGGAUUGGGCAGAGCAGCUGGCCCGUUCAGGGUCCAGUGCCCCCUACGACAUCACCCAGUUUUCAGAACUUUUUCUGAAGGAAUUCUCGCAGCUGGGGCAAUCAAACCGCCUGGAUGUGCUGAAGAGUGGAUUCGAAGUGAUUGACAAGGAGGACUGGCCAUUCCACCUCUGUUACGCAUGGCUGGAAUGGACAGAAGCAGCAGCUUCGCUUCAGGUUCCGGUCGACGUGGUGGAGAGCACGUCUAGAUGCAUGCCUGAGGGCUGCGGGAGGGAGACCAAGCUACAAUGCCCUACCUGCAAAAAGCUGGGUCUCCAGGAAGCAUUCUACUGCUCAAACGAAUGCUUCAAGAACAGCUGGCGGGAGCAAAAAAAAAUUCACUGGAGAGCCCGUACAGAGAUCCAGCCUGAGGUCAACCAGGCGAUCUCAGAGCCCCAGCUUGAGACCUACGGGGAGGUCUCAGCUCCGGAGUUCCACCCCGAGGUUAACGUGGCGACCUCUGGUCCCCUGUCUGAGGUCAACUUGGCGGCCUCAGAGCUCCAGCCCGAGACCUACGGGGAGGUCUCACCUCCGGAGCUCCAGCCCGAGGUUAACCUGGCAACCUCGGAGAUCCAGCCAGAGACCCGCGGGGAAGUCUCUGCCGCUGAAGAAGCUGUCCUGCUGCCCUGUCCUGCUGAGGAAGCUAUCCUGCUGCCCUGUCCUGCUGAGGAAGCUAUCCUGCUGUCCUGUCCUGCUGAGGAAGCUAUCCUGCUGUCCUGUCCUGCUGAGGAGGCUGUCCCGCUGCCCUGUCCUGCCGAGGAGGCUGUCCCGCUGUCCUGCCCUGCCGAGAAAGCUGUCCCGCUGCCCUGCCCUACCGAGGAAGCUGUCCCACUGUCCUUUUCUGCCGAGGAACGUCCCUCCGAGCUCCAGGCCCGCAGAGGAUGUCUCUUUGCUUUCCUGCACCACUGAAGGAAGUCAAUCAGCCUUCCAGUGCCGCUGGGGAUGUCGCCCAGCCUUCCAGUCCCACUGGGGACGUUGUCCAGCGUUCCAGUCCCACUGAGGACAUCGCCCAGUGUUACAGUCCCGCUGAGAACGUAGCCCCGAGCUUCAGUCCCACUGGGGGUGGUGCUCCGCCUGUUGCUGCCCUGCGGAGGCCAGCUUCUUUUCCAAUGCAUCAAGAGACAGGUUACACAGGGGCCCAGGAGCCCCAUUGGAAGGGGUUUUUGGAGGGGGGUUCUGUUAUGGUUCAACUGGCAGAUGGCGCUGUGGCGACAACAUGCAUGAGCAGAUUGAGAACGCGCACAUGAUUGAAGUGCGCAUGUACACUAAAGCUGGGUUAAGUAUCACCAGCCGUCAGCAAAUGAGAUGUUCCUGCUUUAGUUAAAGGAGAUGUUCAUGCUUUAGUUAAAUGAAGUGUUCAUACUCUAGUUAUAUGAAGUGUUUAUGCUCUAGUUAGAUGUGUUCCUGCCAUUGUUAGAGGAUUGUUUCCUGUCUUGUUUAUAGUUAAAGGAGAACUCUUUGAGUUAAGUUUCACGAUCUUUGCUUGAGUUGGAGUUUUAUGUUUAGAUCUGGUUUCCUGCCUCCUCGUGUGUUUAUUUAAGUGGCACAAUAAUGACUGCUCUCCUGCACUUACUUCCUGUCUCUAUGUCCUGUUUCGUAACACUAAUAUACUGGUGACUGGUAUUUAUCAACAUACACAGGAGUAUGAAGAAAACAGCAUUACUGAUACUUGUGUAAAUUUAGCAGGAUUUUUUUUUUGGUCCAUUUGGCCUACAAAGCCAUUUACACACAAUUUUACUAUGAUUAGAUUAAUAAAUGAGGCCAAAUCAUGAAGCUAAGGUACAUCAUGUAAACAACUUGAAUUUUCUUUGACUAGAUUAAUUUCUGCUAAACAUAAAAUUAUGCUGAAAAGUCAGUGUACAAAUCAGCUGGCUGAACCCGUGGAUCUUUCUGAAUAUCUGUGUUAAACAGAUUCCAGGAGAUAUUGGUUGUGCAUAAGGCAGUAUUAUAUCUUUUUGUGCUCAGUUACUAUUUUUCAUAAGAAAGGAAUGUGUCUACACUUAUGUUAUGUGGUGCAACUAGGGUGUGAUAUUUCCAUCUUUUUAGAAACAUUUUCCAACUCACUUUGGUCUGCUGUGCAUUUUAGUACAAAUGCAAUUCCAAACACAGUACUUUUCCUACUUUAAGCAAAGCCUUACAUAAAAAAGCGUUUUUGUGGAUGCACACAUAAAUUGGCUACUUCACCUAAACUACUACAAACUCAAUAAAACUGAAUAAUAGUCCAAAAAAAAAAAAUCUAAUGCAUUAUACAUAUAACUUAUGUCCAUCAAAAUGCAAUCAAAGUGAUUUUUCAUGGACCAUCUACUUUUUCUUGCACACAUUAGUGACGAGAUAAUGUAGUGACAUGUACAGGAGUGAUGAUACAUUAGUGACAUGUACAGGAGUGGUAUUCCUUACACCAACAUGGGGUACCAGAACAAACUCAUUGGUGUAAACACCAAUCAUGAUCACAAAAACAAGGACAACAGCAAAGAAAUACACACACAAAUUGUAAUAUUUACUUUAGUUUGACAGAUUUGAAGUUCCAAAAGAAAUGGGAUCUUUUCCUUUUGCCUUCUACGACAUAAUGGGUCUGCAAGCAAACAAAGGUGUGCACACGAAUGAUAUCAUCAGUGCUUUAAAAGGUCACAUGAAAGCUGGUUACAUGGUAAGGUAAAAUACCCUUCAUUGUUAACACAAUUUAAAUUACACUUGUGUAUAAGGAUUAUGGCCAGCAAUACUGUAUAAUCUUUACACCUUAUAUAAAUAAGCACCAAAAAGCAUAGGAAAUGCAAAAGACAAACAUGUUAUGAAUACAUAUAUAUUUGGUCUACUAUACUAACCAAUCAACUAUAACCAGACACCACAUGCUAACAUUUUUCUCUCUUUCUUCAGUGCACCCCCAAAACCCCAUUAUCUGAUGACAGCAAAUAUUACCUAAAAAGUCCUAGCUUAAGUGAUCAGAUGCACUGUCUGCUGUGCAUUAUACCUGCAGACACAUUUGGAUUAAUGGGAAAUGAUUUCCUCGAACAGUUUAAGACUGUCAGCGAAGCAACACGUAACUUGGGUGAGUCAGAUAUUCAGAAAAUGUAGUGAAUCAAAUCAAAACUCCUUGUAUUCAUAUUCACUGAAAAAUAAAAAAUAAAACACUUCUUAGAAAUAAGAUGCUACUUACACACUUGAGCUAAAUAACUGGUUAUUGUUUAGUGUGUUUAUGCUUAUAACAAUCCAAGACAACAUCAAAUCUGCACUACAUCUAAGGAUUAAGAAAACCAUUCAGAGCAGUUGGAAAUCAAACAGUACCAUCAAUCUCACUCACUGAAAAAAUUUAAUAAUUGAGUAUAUAACAAUGUAAAAUCUGCCUCAAUCAAAAAAAAAAAAAAAAAAAAAAAAAAAAACAAGCAAAAAAAGAAA